AAGCAUGGUACUAGAAAAUCUGUGACAGAAAACUGCAGCAAGCAACGGACUGCUUUCUGGUUUUGCAGACUUUAACUACAACUACUUCUACUACUCUCCAGAUACUCCUUUUUCGAUUCUUCGCUCUAAUUCGGUUUGCAAUCAUGGCUUUGAGGCCUACGAUGGGUCGUUGUAUAGAACUGUUAAGAAACGGGCUUCAAAGAGAAGGUAAGGCUGCAUACACAACUUCAACUGUGCCAAAGAUGAAAGCAUAUGCUCCUGCCACUGAUUAUGGGUAUGUUCACAACCAACACCAACAGCGUGGUAAAUCAUCCAAGUCCGCAAAAGGGGACUUCGUGCCUGUGUACGUGGCCAUUGGGAUGAUAGCCUUGUCCACAGGUCUAGGCCUCCACACUGCAUGGCAGCACCUGAGAAAUUCCCCAACUGUGCGAGUGAAGAAGCAAAGGAGGGAGACUCUGCCAGAAGUAGUGGAGCCAGAGCACGUGGUGGAGGAGGCUGACAGGUUCAUGAAGAAGUCGUUCUUCAGAAAAGUGGCACACGUUCAGGAGCGUAGCUAUCCUGAUCAGCACCAAAUCCCUGAUCCUACUCGCAAAGAUGCCUAUGCCUAUCGCCCUCGUGUUGAGACUCUCAAGUCUGUUGGGGUUGAUCCCUUGAAUUAGUCAAGUUUUCUUUUUUGGUUUUAUCUUUUCUUAUGUUUCUGAGAAAAAAUAAAUAAAAAGGUGAGGUUGUAAAUAGAAACUCAACGAGUAGUCUCUAUCAUGUGGCUUGUUGCUUUUUAUAUUUAGUUUCCUGCUAAACUACACUGCCUAAGAACUUCCCAGGUGUAGAAUAUUGUGUAAAACUCUCAUGUAUAUAACUGAGAUAUUGUGUGUAUAUAUGCAUAAGCAUGACUAAUGCAAAAAUAUGGAUUUUAUUA